AUGCCACGUAUCAACCACCCGAAAAGAUUCGUCUCGAAUUCCUCUCUAUCCGCCCGUCUUCAUCGUCAUAGCAACCGAAAACCCCAGGCGGCAGUGGUCACAGCUAGAAGGCGAAGACAAGAAGCCACGCCUCCAGCAGCAGCGAUGGCUCCAGUCGUCAUUCCGGCAGUAGCCGCCGCCGUCGCGCAAGUUAUUCCACAGGCACAGCAAGCACCGUCGGUUUCUUUCGAGUUGAGACCAAAUAGACAAAUGGAACACCAACAAGCAGGCCGCCGUCAUUCUUUCGAAGAUUUCGCUAAUUUGGAUUCAGUUAUCGCAGAGAUGCUCCAAAAUAUCAAUGAAAUGACACAAGUAUUGCAAAAUGUUGGAAAUGACGGCCCAUGCACUUCCACAUCAUCAAUUGAGCAAUCUGUCUAUCUUUCCACCACAUUUGAGAAUAUCCAGCCGAUGAUGGUGGCGUUGAGUCAAAAAGUCCAGCAAGGAUUGGAGAUCUUCAUUCCACCAACCAUUCCAUCCUCCUCCCUUCUCCGUAUCACUGCUGAAAAACUCUCAGAAAUUGGAGACCGUACCCUUUCCGAGAAGAUUCAAUCCAAUGCCCAAUCCCUUACAAAUGCCACGUGGCAAACAAUGAAUUCAGUCUUCCGAGUGUUCUCCCUAACCGAUAAGCAAGUGAUGGGAUAUCUUCGUCAUUUAAAAGCACAAACACCCUCUGGAAUGCCAAUAUUCCCGAGACAUUUGGAUACUGGCAACACGUAUAUUUCACUCGGAGACAGUGGAGCCUACUUCUUCGGAGAGGAAUUCGUGUGUAGAGCCCCAAUGCCAAAUGGAACACAACAGAGGAGGCCGAAUCAAGUGCAGGAAGCCGCCGAAACUGGCUCCGACGUCUUCUGGUACGAGGCAUCCGAUACCGAUGAUGAGUCAACGACCGAUUAA